AGAAAGAAAGUCAUACACAUCCGAUGCCAUACACAUCUGGCAAGAGGAUGAGUAAAUGAUGAGAGAAUUUUCAUUUUUGGGUGAACUAACCCUUUAAGUGUCCAUAUAGUUUUUAUGGUCAUUAUAUAUACAGAUCCCACUUAGUGACUUCACACAUAGGUGUCUUUACAUGCUUUAUUAAAAAGUGAUUACACACCACAAAUAUAACUAAAACACAUUGUUUUAAAAUGGGGUGAGUGAGUCACUUGACAUUAACAAGAAUAUAUUUAGCAUUUUGGAGGCGUAGACACUGAAGCAAGAAAUACAAUAAGCAUCUUUUGGAAACUGAUCUUCAAUUCCUUCCUCACGGUGAAACACACUUAUUCUCACUUCUCUUAUUUUCUGUUUGAUCAACUUGCUAAAAGGUUCUCAUAUAAUCCACUUGCAUGUACACGAUUUGGGCAAAAUAAGAAAGAAAAAGAGCAAUCCUGUUACAAGGGAACAUGAAAGGACCUCUCUUACUUCAUUUACUUUUCCAAGUUAUUCUGCUGUAUGAUACUUUGGCAUGGGAGGUGAAAAUGCCGAAGGAAAUUCAUGGCCUCAGUGGUUCCUGUCUGGUUAUUCCAUGUUCUUUCUACUACACAUCAAACCCACCCACUAACCCACUUAGGGUUGUGUGGUAUCAGUGGGUCUCUAAGGGCUAUCCUUUAGUUUGUGAUCCUUUGAAUCCAAACCAGGUCAUUGACAAGUUCAGUGGGAAAACUGAUUUAUAUGGAAACCCAUCAAAUCGAGGUUGCAGUCUUGUGAUCAAAAGGCUGGACCUAUCCCACCACGGAGAGAAAAUAUAUACCUGGAUUGACCCAGAAAAUGUUGGAUGGCGCACCUACAAGUUUUAUGAUGUCACCUCCACAAUUCUGGUUGACACACAACCACAGAAGCCCAGCAUCUAUAUCUAUGGAGGUGAUAGGACUGGUGACACCAUUACAGUGGCAUGUGUCACUUUCCACACCUGUCCAUACAGUGAACCAGUCAUCACUCUGAAAGGCAUAGAAGGAUCUGACCAUAUAGAGAGAAAGGACAUUAAAGACGGCCUUUGGAAAAUCACUCUGACACGCACGGGUGUCGUAAAGGCUGAGAGCUCAGAUAUUGAGUGUUCUGUAACAUAUUAUGGUGGAAUAACAGUAACAGAUACAAAGAACAAAAAUGCCAAAUGUGUUCAUUAUAACAUAAUUAUUGAGCCUGAACUGGCAGAUGUCAUUGAGGGUGUUGGAAAGAACUUCAUCUGCACCGUCUACCAUUCCUGCCAGAAAGAGAAUCCAACCAUCACAUGGAACUAUGAGAACAUGCAGGUCUCAAUGGGGAAUAAAAAGCUUCCAGGGUUAGAUAUGGUCACCUUUUCCAACAUAACCUUUCUUGGUGCAAAAGAAGACAACGAGAAGAAAUUGAUAUGCACUGCAACAUUUUCUGGAGGAGAAAUUAAAAAACAUGUUGUUUUACGUGUACAACAGUAUGUGAAACCAGUGAAUCCAGUCCAGAAUGAAACCUUUAUCCAUUAUGAGGCAUCCGUGGUGCCCAAGAUUACAGCAUUGCCUCGUUCCUGUGUGGUGAUACCAUGCAGUUUCAAGAUUAAGGAAGAAUAUGUCACCCGACUUCGGGUUCUUUGGGUCACCAAAAAUGGUGGCUACAUGUUCCACACUGGCCCGAGCAACAUCUUAGACAACUUUAAAGGCCGUACAAGACUCCUUGGGAACCCAGACGAGCAGAACUGUACUGUGGAGAUUGAUAAGGUGCAAACGCAUGAUAACGGACCAUUCUGCUUCCGAGCAGAAAAGGAAAAUGAGAAGUACAGCUUCAACAACAGCUGUGUGUUCAUUAUAAUGCGAGCCUCUCCGGACAAACCUGUGAUGUCACCCCUCCCUGAAAACAUCGAGCCUGGGACACGCGUCACUGUCAAAUGCUCAGUCAGUCACACAUGCCCUUCUCACCCCCCAACCAUCACCUGGAACACCCCAACUGCCCGAACAACUAACAGCCACCAGCACGUGGGUGGAGGCGUCUGGGAAACAACAUCUACUGUGAUCUUUAUACCAUCCGGAUAUGAACAGGAAGAAGACAUUGUUUGUAGUGCCAAGUUUUGGGGAGGCAAAACAGAAGAAAAUGCUGCCUCUCUAAAUAUUAGGAGAGUCCAGGGUGUUGGAUGGGAUACUCUUUGGCCUUAUGUCGUAGUACCCUUACUUGUUAUCCUCCUCAGCUGCAUACUUGUGGUCAUCAUAUACAGGAGGCGACACAGAAUUCCCCCUGAUGAUAUGCAAGGGUCACUAACACGACCUGAACAGAGGAGGUCACUUUGGAACAGAUUCUCAAGAAUUUCUGAAGGAAAAGUAGCUUGGACUAACAGGGGAAACAGGAGUGAUACCAGGCACACUGAAUACACCACUGAAAGACCACCAAGGCCUGAAAAAAGACGGAGCAUCUGGAGCCAAUUUUCCAGACAUCACUCACCCAGAUCUGAUGCACAUCUGAGAGUAGAAUACAAGUCAAACAACAUAUGUACAGUGUCAGGAAACAAGCCUAUCUCCAAACCUUAUAAACCAUCACCAAAAAGCCAGCCUAAAUACUCUGGUUAUGAUUAUGAUGCUGAUCAUAACAUAUAUGGAAACGCCUGAAGAAAACAAAGUUCAACACAGUGGGUUUUUUAUUUUUUUUAAAGGAUGGACUCUGAAAAAAGGUUAAUGCUGAAAUAAAAAGGUUAAAGGUGCUGUAAGCGAUUUUUUUCAUGAAAAGGUAUGCAAAAAAUGUUCCUACUCCCUGAAAGAUAGUAAUGAAACAAGUGUUCUGAGAUAUCUCAAUAUGCAUUUUUAUGCCAUGUUGUUCAUAACAGUGGUCAGUUGAGGGUGCUAUUUUGCAGCUGUUGUUUUUAACAACCGUUCUGUUUCAUUCCUACUGACCGCCAGAGGCAGUGUAAACACUAUUGGAUUAUCGUGGUGUCAGCCAGAUAGGUCGAGAGAAUAUACAAACAAAGUCACGUAGUGACGUAUGCUGAGCCCUGGGGGUUACAAGCCACAGUAGCUCAGCACUCUGCCUCUUUCGCUUUCUCGCCUGGUUAAGAUAGGUUGUUUUUUGUUAAGUGAUAUAUUACGGCUGCUACAGUGGUGAUUCCCCUGGGUUUACUCCACCUCAGACCACUCCAGUUAUGGAACAACAGUUUGCGGCUAGAUCCCACCAGACAUCGCCAUCGACUUAUUGUAAUUUCUCACCAUUGCAUACAUGCAUUGAGGCGGUGGAGACAGGUAGAGUUGCUGAAGGCAGGAGUGCCCCUGGGUGUUGUUCCCUCUCGUCGGGAGUUGGUCACGACCGACACUUCCCUCACAGGGUGGGGGGCAACAUGGAAUCAGAGGGGUAUUUGCGGGUGCUGGACACCGACCCAGGCCAUAGAACAUAUCAACCUGCUGGAACUACGUGCAGUGUUCAUGGCUUUAAAGUAUUUCCUGCCAGUCCUGGCAGGCCGCCAUGUUCUUGUUCGGUCCGACAAUACCUCAACAGUGUUCCAUCUGAACCACCAGGGCGGCACGAAAUCCCGCAGGUCUCUACAGCUUACUCACAAAAUCCUGACAUGGCGUCAGCCAUGACUCGCUUCACUGAGGGCAGCUCAUAUUUCGGGAGCAUGCAACCAGACAGCGGAUGCUCUUUCCAGGGAUCGAGUACAUCCAGGAGAAUGGAGACUUCAUCCAGAUGUAGUGCAGGAGAUCUGGCUACGAUUUGGAAGAGCAGAGGUGGAUCUUUUUGCUUCAGAAAUGACCACUCAUUGUCGCUUAUGGUUCGACAGAAGUGUCCAGUCCCUUGGGCCAGGAUGCACUGUCUCAUGAAUGGCCGAACUGCCUACAAUAUGCAUUCCCACCUAUCCCUCUGUUAUGGUUGACGUUACACAGGAUCUCCCUGUGCAAGCACAGAAUGCUGCUCGUGGCACUGUGAUGGCCAGCCAGACCAUGGUUUCCUUUGUUGCUGAGACUUCUGACAGGCAAUCCAUGGAAGCUUCCCCCCAGGAAGGACCUCAUCUCCCAUCUGGAGGCCAGCGUCUGGCACCCGGAUCCAGCUCGUCUGCAGCUUUGGGUCUGGCCAUUGGGUUUAAUCCUUCUUUGGAGCAUUGUGACCCUGCAGUUAUUCACAACAUCUCCAAUGCUAGGGCUUCUUCCACACGACAGAUUUAUGCUUCCCGUUGGAAGCUUUUUUCAGCAUGGUGUGAGGAGCAGGGGCUCGAUCCUGCAACGUGUGACAUUCCGAGCAUCAUAAGCUUUCUUCAACAUUUACUGGAGGAGGGCAAAGCGGCUUCCACAUUGAAAGUGUAUGUCGCUGCCAUUUCUGCAUAUCAUGUUCCAUUUGGGGGAUCUUCUCUUGGUUUUCACGGUCUUGUCUGCAGUUUUCUGAAGGGUGCACGCUGUCUGAAGCCUGCUCGGAAUCCUCACUUUCCUGUGUGAGAUUUGCCACUCAUGCUUGCAUUCCUUUGCUCAUCCCAGUUUGAGCCCUUGCAAAGCAUUGACAUUAAAUGGUUAUCCUUGAAGACUGCUUUUUGUUGGCUAUUGCUUCUGCGAAACGAGUCAGUGAGUUGCACGCGCUGUCUGUUAGCGAAUUGUGGUGACUCCGGGGUGGUCCUAUGACCCAAUCCUUCUUUUCUUCCAAAAGUCCUUCUUCCUCAGUUCAUAAACCAGCACAUUGAACUGGCCUCUUUUCAGACUACUUAAGGGUCUGAUUCAAGUGCUCAACUUUUGUGUCCUGUUCGUGCCUUGAAGUGUUAGAUGGACACUACUGCUCAAUUUAGACAGUCAGAUGAGUUAUUUGUCUGCUAUGGUGGUGUGAAGAAAGGUGCUCCACUGUCAAAGCAGAGGUUGUCGAACUGGAUAGUGGAAACUAUUACAAUGGCUUACAAGGCAGCAGGGAAACCAUUGCCCUGGGGUCUAACUUGCCAUUCCACUAGGGCCAUCUCAUCUUCAUGGGCUGUUUUUAGAGGAGUUUCCUUGGCGGACAUCUGCACUGCUGCUACCUGGGCUUCUCCAUGCAUGUUUGCCAGAUUUUAUAAGGUCAACGUUGCUGCUCAUCAUGCCAUGAGUUUUGCAGUUCUUCAGGAGUGGCCUUAAUUUUUCAUCAGGUGGGUGGCAUUCCUCAUGACUAUGUUGGUAUGUGUCAUCCAAUAGUGUUUACACUGCCUCUGGCGGUCAGUAGGAAUGAAACAGAACACUAGUUACACAUGUAACUGUGGUUCUGUGAAUUCCAGAGUUCUUAGUCACUCAGAAUGCGCGAGAAAGGCAUACCGAGGCAGAGUGCUGAGCUACUGUGGCUUAUAACCCCCAGGGCUCAGCAUACGUCACUACGUGACUUUGUUGGUAUAUUCUCUCGACCUAUCUGGCUGACGCUGCGAUAAUCCAGUAGUGUUUACACUGCCUCUGGCGGUCAUCUGGAAUUCACAGAACCACAGUUACAUGUGUAACUAGUGUUUCUGCAUGAUUUCGGUCUCAAUAAAGCUCAUUAGGUAUCUGUGAAGUGCAGUGUUUUGGAAAGAGUGGGUGUGGCUAAUCCAACAACUCUGUCUCGUAGAAGUAGAACGACUAAAAUCGCUUACAGUACCUUUAAUGAAUAAAAACUUUGUUAUUAAAUGUAAUUUAAUUUCAGAAACAUAUUUAUAGAGUCUGCUUUUGAGUCUAGUUUGUAUUGACUAAACAACAGUUAAUAAAGCACAGCAUAUGUUUUAGAACUUAACACUGUAAUGCGUGUACUGUAGCCUACCUCUCUUUGGCAUUAUUGGGGAGGUUGGUGAAAAUAUUAUUUCUAAUUUAAGUAGUCUCCAAGUGUUGUAUAGUCCUAAAUUCUGUUUUAAAGUUCAACGUAUCUGAUAAAACAAAAAAUGCUUCUUGUUUGCUUCGCUAUUAAAAUGAUUCACAGCUAAAUAAAUCUAUAAUACAUGAA